AUAGAACCUUAAAAGGACUGAAUAUGAUGAUUGUUAAAGGGGAAUGCAAUGACUACAAGAUGCGAAGCAUUGUGACAAAGAAUAGGUUCAGACAACUGCCUGGUUGUGCGAUAAUGCAUCUCCAUCAGUUACUGGGCACGGAUGUGUGAAGACAAAAUGGCACAAAAUAAUUAAUUUAAUUUCCAUGUCUAGUGUUUUGGCCGUCUCCGUUUUGCUUAACACGUCAUAUAAGCCCCUUUUUUCCAAACACUAAUUAGGCAUGUGUAUGUCAACUCUAAAAUAAGGUGGUACACCUCCACAUGGAAGCUGACAGGAGGGGACAAAGGGGUCAGUUGCCCCGGGCCCAGGGAGUAAGUGUGCCCAGAAUUGGGUCCUCAUUACAUUGCAUGUAUUGAGUCAGGGGUCCCUUUCAGAUGCCUUUGUCCCGGGCCUGGCAAAAGAUGUCAGCGACCCUGCACCUCCAUGAUGGGAAGUUAAACACAGCUGCUAUUUCCUGUGUUUCUUUCCUCAACACUGCAAAAAGAGAAAUGUCUGUGGAUACAGCAUGACCUAGUAAAAAGGAGAAAUGUCUUUAUAUGACACAGCUGAACAGGCCCGCAGAGAGGGGGAGACAAAUGGGCUCAGGAAGAGGGGGGUCCAGAAUUGGGUUCCCAUUCACUGCACUGAGAGGUGGGCUCUUUCAGGUGACUGUCUUGGGCCUGGUCAAAGCUGUCGGCGACCCUCCUGAUGAAUAUCACACUAAGAACUGAACUUUGCCAUUUUAUGUCAAGACACUUGCCCAGUUUGAGAGCUGAUUUGAUAAGCCACUCCCCACACUGAGGUGACUUUGAUCUCUUGACUUUUGGACUGAGAUGUGUAGGCCUACUACAGUGUUGCCAGAUUGGGCUGUUUCCUGCCCAAUUGGGCUGCUUAGGAAUGGCCGUCUGCGAGUAAAUAUGACAUUUUUCAGAAAAACCCGCACAAUUUUGCCCAUAGAAAUCAAUAGAAUUGGGCGGGAUUUAGUGCUUCCAGGCGGGUUUUGAGCAUUUUUUGGGCUGGAAAUCAUCAGCCUCAUCUGGCAAACCCUGGCCUACUAUCGACUGAGUUGCGAAUCAUUCAGAAUUCACUUGCAUGUUAGUGGCAGACAAAAUACAUGACUAUUAUUGAUAUGUACAGCUCUUUAACAUUCACUCUUGUGCAUAUUAUCUAUCACGCAUGAAAGAGAAACAAAAAGUCUUACACAUUUCUGGAAGUAAACAAUUGCAAUGGGAAGGACAUGGGGUAGACUGCAGUAACAACUGAUCCUUGUAAAGUGAAAGUGAAACCUCUACCUCUGUUACCGUAACUGUUCAAGGUUCAGGGUGACCAAAAUCUAGACAUUCAUUUGAACUCAGGUUGACAGGCCUAUACCCAAUUCAAGGUACUAAGUGGGCAUGUUGAAUUUAGAUUGAUAUGAUACCAAACUUGUGCUUCACUGUCACAGUUUUAUUAAGUAGAUAGUAGUAGUAAAUACUUGUUCCCAUUGUGUCAGUGCACACUUGCAGACGGUGGCUUUCCAGUGUGCAUUGAAGGAAGGUAAAUAGGGCAAACUCAGAUUUACUCAAUGGUCGCCAUCUGUCAGACUCAUGUCAAUACCAAUCAGUAGGCCUACUCUUACAACGCAUAAACAAAGGGCUUUACUGAGGGGGGUGCAUAAAUGUUGCACCCUCUAUCUUAAAUCCACCCUGAGUGCAUGCUAUUGGGGGUGACACUGUCCGACCAAUGCGAGGAAGGAAGAUGAUUUCAGGGCCGGAUGAGGCAAACCUGCUCGUUUCUGCAAUAGUACCAAAGCAAAACAACUGUUUCCGAUGAGGAAGGAAGACGGAAGUUGAAUGAGGUGCAUUUUAGUUUUUUGAUGUCUUGAAGAUGUUAAAUUCAGGGUUCUUUCAUGGCGAAAAAUGAUUUUUCGAUAUGAGAGGAAAAUGGGUAUUCGCACUCACAUUGAUGCUCAACGGUGCCAGUGCUUUCGUUGUCUGAAAGUUGAAACCAUUAUUUCAUGAACGCAGUUAUUAAUUUCAGAUUACGCACGCACUCAGGCUGUCAUUGUGUGAUUCAUGUCACUGGUCCUCAUUCACUGAUUGGUUAUGAAGCUAAAUGUGUUUGUGAAAGCGAAACCAUGAACUGAUCUGAGGCGAACGCAAAUGCUUUAUCGAGACUGUUAUUUUUUCAUAUGGGAGUAAAAUGAAGAAAGGGCAGCUCAGCUCACCUGUUUGUGACUCAGUGAUGGAUACUCCCGCGCGCCACAGCCAUGGGAAGAGGGCCCACUUCCCCAACCUGCAGAUACCACACCUCCAGGAGCAAAAAGACACAAACGCACUCACCGACAAGUUGGCCAUCUGCGUUGACAAGGUGCGGUCACUGGAGACGGUGAAUGCCAACCUGUGCCAGCACAUAGCCGAGGCGGAGGCAGACACCAGCCGUAAGCUUACCCUUUACGAGGCCGAGUUGACAGAAGUCCGCAGGGUGCUAGACUCAGUCGCCAUGGAGGGCAAUCAGGCGAAGAUGGAGGUGAAAAGAUUGCAGAGUGAGAACAAGGAUCUCAAGACCAGGUAAGAAGGCGCAUGCCAUCUACUACAAGUGUGUUGACUAAAAGAGAGUUGCUCACAAAACUAGAUUAUCACUGCUGAGGUCACUUGUAUUGUUCACUGUAGAUUUGUGCAUUUUUUUGGGCGCAGAAAAUGCAGAAUGGUGUAAUGGUGUAGGACAAGGUUGUGGUACUGUUAGCACACAGGAUGCUGUCAAUUAGUUCCUCAUUGUUGCACACACUAAAGCAUUCUAGUUGAAACGUGAUUCCUUUUUGCAAAUUCCUCAUUUAGAUCAUGUCCUUAUAUUAGAUCAUUCAUAGUUUAUUGACUCAUCAGAGGUGCCCCCA